ACUUCUUACUUGUUCACACUUCCCCUGUUCAGUAAGCCCAGACAGCACAGAAGGAGAUAGUGCUGCCAAGCACCAUUGACCAUCACCAUUGCUGCCAUGCAGGUACUCCGGGAACCUCCUAUCCUGACGGCAAUGAAAUGCCAAAGGGACUGGUUCUGUUCUAAGAGUCUGCUCAGUAUUCACACUGAGAAAGCUGUUGAAAUUUACAAUGUCUGGUACGGGAUUCUGAAGUGGGUCAUUUGUGUGCUCAUCAUCAUCUACAUUUGCUUUGGUUUGUGGAGUGAGAAACUGUACCAGCGCAAGGAACCCCUUAUCAGCUCCGUGCAAGCCAAAGUAAAAGGAAUAACAAAGGUGACCAUAGGGAAUCAGACCAGAGUGUUUGACAAAGUCGAUUGUAUCUUACACUUGCAGGGAAAUUCAUUCUUUGUGAUGACUAACUUUCAAAUCACAGAAGGCCAGAUGCAGGGGAUUUGUCCCGAGUAUCCCACCAACAGAACUUGCUGUUCUUCUGAUCAAGAUUGCAAAAAGGGGAGGACUGACGCACUGAGCAAAGGGGUUCAUACAGGAAAGUGUAUAAAAUAUAACUUGACCAGUGACCACCCAAGGACCGGUGACCUCCCAGAUAUCUGCAAGGACCAAAAGACCUGUGAAGUCUUUGCCUGGUGUCCGAUACAGCCAGUAAAAGAGACUCCUCAGCCGGCACUCCUGGCCAGUACUGAAAACUUCACCGUCCUCAUAAAGAACAGCAUUCAAUUCCCAGGCCACAAUUACAGCACAAGAAAUAUCCUGCCAGGAAUCAACAUUUCCUGUAACUUUCACAAGACCAAAGAUCCAGGGUGUCCAAUUUUCCGGCUAGGAGAUAUCUUACAGGAAACAGGAGAAAGUUUUUCAUCUGUGGCCGUCCAUGGUGGAAUUGUGGGCAUUGAGAUCUACUGGGACUGUGACCUAGAUGCCUGGUUCCAUUCCUGCAGCCCCAAAUACAGUUUCCGUCGCCUGGACAACAAGAUAAGCAAGAAGUCUUUGCAUCCAGAGAGUAGCUGGAUGGCUUCAGUUUUAUCAGAAUCCUUCAGAUAUGCCAAAUACUAUAUGGAAGAGGGUAGAGAAAAACGGACUCUCAUAAAAGCUGUCGGGAUCCGAUUUGACAUUCUGGUUUUUGGCACGGGAGGAAAGUUUGACAUUAUCCAGCUGAUCGUGUACCUGGGCUCCACUAUCUCCUACUUUGGUUUGGCCACGGUGUUGAUUGACUUUCUGAUUCAGGUGUACGCAAAGAACUGUUGUCGAUCUCGGUUUUAUUCCUGGUGUAAGGUCUGUGAGCCCUGUUCUGUCAAUGAAUACUACUACGAAAAGAAAUAUGAAAUCAUUGGCCAACCUAAAUCGACAUUAAAGUAUGUUUCUUUUGUGGAUGAGCCGAACAUUAGGAUGAUAAAUCAAGAUUCGCUAGAAGAAAGUUUGCAAGAUAUAGAGGGUGAAGAAAGUCCAAGACCCCAAAAGGAUUUCAAAGACUUGGACAAGCUGUCCCCACCACCAUGCCCUGACUCCAGCCCCAGUCCUGCAACCCCAGAAGAAAUGCAGGUUCUUAAUGAAGAGCCAAGUUCUCAAUCCCAAGAAAGGCCCGAGUGGUGCCGCUGUGGACAGUGCCGCCCAUCCCAACUGCCAGAAAGCAGCAAGUUCAUAGAGGAGCUCUGCUGCCGCAAGAUGGAGGGUCCCUGCAUCACCACCUCAGUCGUUUUUGAGGAGCUGGUCCUCUCCAGGGACAACCUGCGCUUCAUCUUGCUCUACCAAGAGCCCUUGCUGGAGAUGGAUGCAGAUGCCUUGAAUGACCAGCUCCGUCACUGUGCCUACAGGCGCUACAUUGACUGGCGCUUUGGCUCUGAGGACAUGGCCACCUUUGCUAUCCUCCCCAGCUGCUGCCGGUGGAAGAUCCGGGAACAAUUUCCCAAGAAGGAUGGAAAGUACGCUGGCUUCAGGAGUUCUAAGAGACACAACUGGAGAGGCGGAUCUCUCAGCCCUCAUUCUUUUAAAGAUUUAUAUGUCUAAAGGUCUGCAUUAAGAUUAGUCAACAAACUUUGAGACAAGGAAACAUAUUGUUUUCCUGCCUUGAAGCUCUGUAUGCAUAACAUCCAAUAGGAAAAACAAUAGAUUGAGGGUUAGGAGACCCAGGUUCUAGUCACUGCUCUGACAGUUUGGUAAUUACUUAUUUGGCCCUAAGCAAACCCCUUAGUCUCUGUAUACCUGCUAGCUUAUCAGUCUUGGCAGCCUUAUUUAGCCCCUUGUCUGUCUUUGAAUACUAUGGUAGCUAGGUGGUGCAGUGAAUUGAACUCUGGACCUGAAGUCAGAAAGACCUAAGUUUAAAUCUGCCCUUGUGUA